AUGUCACAGAAUAGGACUGGGAUGUUUUCCAGCCUGCGUAUGGGCGAGGUGAUUCGUGAAAAGGUCCAGGAUGGCAUCACUGGAGAGACUCGUGAUAUGCAAUACACCCAGUGCAAGAUCGUGGGCAAUGGCUCUUUCGGUAUCGUCUUUCAGACCAAACUGUCUCCCGGAGGCGAAGACGCCGCCAUCAAACGCGUUCUCCAAGAUAAACGCUUCAAGAACCGUGAACUCCAAAUCAUGCGCAUAGUCCGCCAUCCCAAUAUCGUCGAGCUGAAAGCUUUCUACUACUCGAACGGUGAUAGGAAGGACGAGGUCUACCUCAACUUGGUGCUUGAAUAUGUCCCAGAGACCGUCUACCGUGCCUCGCGGUACUUCAACAAGCUGAAGACUACCAUGCCUCUCCUCGAGGUCAAGCUGUACACCUACCAGCUCUUCCGCUCCCUCGCAUACAUCCACUCACAGGGCAUCUGCCACCGAGACAUCAAACCUCAGAACCUCCUCCUCGACCCCAGCACUGGAAUCCUUAAGCUCUGCGACUUCGGCAGCGCCAAAAUCCUUGUCGAGAAUGAGCCAAACGUCUCUUACAUCUGCUCGCGUUAUUACCGUGCUCCAGAGCUGAUAUUCGGUGCUACCAACUACACCACCAAGAUUGAUGUCUGGUCCACUGGAUGCGUGAUGGGCGAGUUGAUGCUCGGCCAACCCCUUUUCCAGGGAGAGUCUGGCAUCGACCAGUUGGUUGAGAUUAUCAAGAUCCUGGGAACUCCCACCCGCGAGCAGAUUCGCACCAUGAACCCAAACUACAUGGAGCACAAGUUCCCCCAGAUCAAACCACACCCAUUCAACAAGGUCUUCCGCAAGGCUUCCCACGAGGCUAUCGACUUGAUCACUGCGCUCUUGGAGUACACCCCUACCCAGCGUCUCUCCUCCAUCGAGGCUCUCUGCCACCCAUUCUUCGACGAGCUCCGUGAUCCAAACACCCGUCUCCCAGACUCCCGUCAUCCAAACGCUCCUCACCGUGACAUGCCCAAGCUGUUCAACUUCACUCGUCACGAGUUGUCGAUCGCUCCCUCGAUGAACCACCGUUUGGUCCCACCACACGCCAAGGUUGAGCUCCAAGCCCAAGGCCUCGACAUCGACAACUUCACUCCUCUUAAAAAAGAGGAGAUGAUGGCUCGUCUUGAUUGA